CGCUGCCGCCGCCGGCUCCCCGCCGCCCGGGCCCGGGCCGGCCGCGCCGGGGGCCGCUGCGCUGUCGCCCCGCUGCUUCGCUGCCGGCCGGGAAUGAGUUAGUCGCAGACAUGGACACCAAACAUUUCCUGCCGCUCGACUUCUCCACCCAGGUGAACUCUUCAUCCCUCAGCUCUCCAACGGGUCGAGGCUCCAUGGCUGCCCCCUCGCUGCAUCCCUCCUUGGGUCCAGGAAUUGGCUCUCCGCUGGGCUCCCCUGGGCAGCUGCACUCACCUAUCAGCACCCUGAGCUCUCCCAUCAAUGGCAUGGGUCCACCCUUCUCUGUCAUCAGUUCCCCCAUGGGCCCGCACUCCAUGUCGGUGCCCACCACACCCACACUGGGCUUCGGGACUGGUAGCCCCCAGCUCAACUCACCCAUGAACCCAGUGAGCAGCAGUGAGGACAUCAAGCCCCCGCUGGGCCUCAAUGGCGUCCUCAAGGUUCCUGCCCAUCCCUCAGGAAAUAUGGCAUCCUUCACCAAGCACAUCUGUGCUAUCUGUGGGGACCGCUCCUCAGGCAAGCACUAUGGGGUAUACAGUUGUGAGGGCUGCAAGGGCUUCUUCAAGAGGACAGUACGCAAAGACCUGACCUACACCUGCCGUGACAAUAAGGACUGCCUGAUCGACAAGAGGCAGAGGAACCGGUGUCAGUACUGCCGCUACCAGAAGUGCCUGGCCAUGGGCAUGAAGCGGGAAGCUGUGCAGGAGGAGCGGCAGAGAGGCAAGGACCGGAAUGAGAACGAAGUGGAGUCCACCAGCAGUGCCAAUGAGGACAUGCCCGUGGAGAAGAUUCUGGAAGCCGAGCUUGCUGUUGAGCCCAAGACUGAGACAUACGUGGAAGCCAACAUGGGGCUGAACCCCAGCUCACCAAAUGACCCCGUUACUAACAUCUGUCAAGCGGCAGACAAGCAGCUCUUCACUCUUGUGGAGUGGGCCAAGAGGAUCCCACACUUCUCUGAGUUGCCUUUGGACGACCAGGUCAUCCUGCUACGGGCAGGCUGGAACGAACUGCUUAUUGCCUCCUUCUCCCACCGCUCCAUAGCUGUGAAAGACGGGAUCCUCCUUGCCACUGGCCUGCAUGUACACCGGAACAGUGCUCACAGUGCUGGGGUGGGCGCCAUCUUUGAUAGGGUGCUAACGGAGCUGGUGUCUAAGAUGCGUGACAUGCAGAUGGACAAGACGGAGCUGGGCUGCCUGCGUGCCAUUGUCCUCUUCAACCCUGACUCCAAGGGGCUUUCAAACCCUGCUGAGGUGGAGGCGUUGAGAGAGAAGGUGUACGCAUCACUAGAGGCAUAUUGCAAACACAAGUAUCCGGAGCAGCCGGGCAGGUUCGCCAAGCUGCUGCUUCGUCUGCCCGCAUUGCGCUCCAUCGGGCUCAAGUGCCUGGAGCACCUGUUCUUCUUCAAGCUCAUCGGGGACACGCCCAUUGACACCUUCCUCAUGGAGAUGCUGGAGGCCCCACAUCAAACCACCUAGGCCCCUGCCGCCCGUGCGCCAGUCCCGCGCCCUGCCUGGACACAGCUGCUCAGCUCCAGUCCUGUCCCUUGCCCUUUCUGCUGGCCCAUGUGGACCUUUGGGGUGCAGUGUCCCUAUGGUCUCAAAAGAUGCGUCACCAUCCUUGUCAUCUUUUAUUACUGCUUGACUUUGGCCCAGGGCCAUGGCCAGAGCUGGUUGAGACCCAGCCAGCCUCCUUCCCCACAUCAGGCUCUUAGGCUACCCUGCUGUUACUCUGAGGGGCUUGGGGUGCUUCACGGGGUCUUCAGCACCUGGAGCUACAAGAGCUGGGAGAAGGGCUUGUUCUAGUUGCUGUUUGCUGUCGCUGGUUCUCGACAUGCCCAUGUUUGGAGUGGCCCAUCUUUGCCUGUUCAGAGAUCUGGUACCCAGCUAGGGUGGGAAGUUACCCUGGGGUAAAGAGGGAACAGGUGGGGGCAGGUCCUCUCCCCCUGGGUCAUAGCUAACCUGCAAAGCCUGUUUCCAAAGAUAUCCUGAGAUGUCACCAUAGCCACUGUGCAGGAUUCUGGGAUCACCUCAAGGCUGCAUGGGCCAGAGGUCCUCCCAGGUUUUUUUUUUUUUUGUGUGUGUGUGUGAGUGUGUGUGUGUGUGUGUGUGUGUGUCAUUGUCCCCCACCAUAUGUCUCAUUAACCCAGGAUUAGUCAACUGUAGUGGCCUGGCUUUUCCCUAUUCCAAAUCUUCCUUUGUGGUCUGCAAGGUGGUGCCAAGGACUGUCCUGGAGGGCUACCCCUGGCUCAAGUAGAAUGGGCUUUCCAACUCAGUGGUCCUGUGGGCAACACAUGGGCUGUCUUUUUGCUGGCCUCUUGUAGGACACUGGACAUCCCAAGGCUCAGGGAGGGGAGGAGGUUGUUGUCUUGUUUCCUGAGAGAGGGAUGGAGGGACUUGGGGAUGAACCACACAGGUAUGAAAGGUGACAGUGCCCUGGUGUGGCUGACUUGCCAGGCUCUGUGUGGGACUCCUGCAUGGGCCCCUUCUUUGACUGGCCACUUCUGUUAGGAGUGCUGAUAGAACUCCUGUUGGUAUGGUGUUGUCUGUGGACAGUGUCCAGAAUCUUACCCAAGGGCUCUGUCACAUCUGCUCAGGUGGCAGGCUGCAGACUCAGACUUGAGCUUUGUCUGUCUGGCUCACCUCAGGCUUCUCCAAUUGAACAGCCUUUUUUGCACUGUAGGACCUCCCUGAGUCCCAGUCUUCAUGAUCCAGGGACCCAGGUUUGUCAGGAGCAGGUGCCUUGGUGGGGAUGAUCACACUGCCUCCCCAACAGCUGGUCUCCCAUUGGUGCAGAGGGGUAAGAGAGGAAGGCCCUCCUGGAACCAGCCAUCUAGGGGGUUGGGCCUGGAGGUGGUGGGUAGGAGGAGCCAGUUUAAUAGGUUCUAUGAGGAAGGACACAUUCAUUUUCCAACUUUUCAAAGUCCCAACCAUAGCCAGCUGAGGCACCUAUGAAAGAUCCAGAAACAUCUCUGCUGUACCCCCUUUCUCCUUGUGAUGGCAUGAGAGAUGUGCAUUGGAGGUCUAACAGUUCCCAGGACCAGCGAGCUGCCCCUUCUCUUAGGUUUUCUAAGAAACUCUGUGCAGGCUUUGGGGAAUGGUAGCACCAGGCACAGGGAGUAGAGUCCUCAACCCACACCUAGCACUGUGCCUUCUGCAGACCACUGCUCCCAUUGUUCAUGCUGGCCCCAUUAUAUGCUAUGCUCUGCGUUCUGUGCCACUGAGGAUGGUCAGUGGAUCCGGCAGAGACAGUCCUGGGACUGACUCUGGAAUGCUGCCAUGUCUGGGCUUGGCUGGCUCUCAGGCACUCAGGGGCCAUGAUCUCUAGGCCCGCUGUCUCACAUAGCCUUACCUGCCACUGCUUGUUAUCGUAGACUCCCUGAUGGGCUUCCUGUUCCUUUAGCCUCAUUGUCACCAUCACUGUGUGUACAGUGCUGUUUGUUUGCAGGGGAGGUGUGGGCGUUGUGUCACUAAGAGAAUUGGGUUCAUUUAACCAGACCUUCAAUCAUGUUACCAAUCUGGCUCAAUUAAGGUGAUUGUAAUUAUUAUUGUUAUUAUUAUUUUGGUGGGACAAUCUUUAAUUUUCUAAAGAUAGCACUAAUGUCAGCUCGUUAGCCACCCUGCACCCAUCCCCACCUCAGCCUGGUUGGAUAACAGCUGCCAUCGAUGGUCGUAUGACAUCCACACUGCUGCUUUGGGGCCAUAUUCUUCAUCUGUGUCACCUCCCUACUUGGAGAUUCAUUUGGGGCUCCUAUGACGGAGAAGUGAAGAUGACCACAGAGCCUGUGGUCCAUGUCACUCUGAAACCACAGUCUGAGGGAAUUUGCUCUUAUACCCUCAGUUUUCCUAAGUACAGCCUCCCUAAGGAUACUAAGCUGUUUGGUGACAGUGCCAAGGGACACCUGAGGCCCCUCCCUUGGGAUCCCAGAAGAUCUGGCCGGAGCAGGCAACCAGUGGCUAAUCAUUUGCUGUCCCUAUCACAGAACUGGGGAAUGUGACCUGGUCCCCAUACACACAGUUGUGUGUUGUGAACAUGUAUGUGCUGUACAGAGACUGUGCAGAGGCUGCUUGCCCAUGACAGGAGGUGUAGCACAGUUACUGAUGUUUUGUGUUCUCUUUAAUCAAGACUUUCCCAUUUUUCUGUACAUUUGCUUCUUGUGAGCAAGGACCUGAGGUCCCCUUCUGUGGGGAAGUCGGGCUCUGGUGACUCUGGAGGCAGGGGACGCAUCUAUUUUCAGAUGCUGCAGGGCUGGAGUGCCCUGAUCUCUAGCCAUGCCUUAGCUGGGAUGCGCGGCCACUGGGGGGAGGAUGCCGCGUCCGCAGGGAAUAAAGAUAGAGGAAUGUUUAACGCACCGGGAAGGGUAAAUGAAUCUAUUUUUGUACAAAUGUAAUUUUAUCCCUCAUGUAAACUGGAUGGCAUGGCAGGGGACCUGUUUUGUUUCUGCUUUGAGUGUUGAGAAGCGUUGGGACACCGGGACGCUGAGAUGGCAGAGGAGGCCCUCCCAAGGAGGCUGAAGACUGGUGCGAACAGCACAGACAGACAUUUCCUUUGGUGGGUGGGAGGGCCACAACCGGCAGGGCUUCCUUCCCCUUCUUGGUGAUUGGAACAACCUUGCUAUAUCCUCGGUGCCUGCCUGCCGGCCUCGCCGCAGCUCGUCUGACUGUGAAAUGACUUCCCUGCGUAACUGCUCUCUGGGACAUUAUGGCGCAGACGCUGGGGGUUGAUGAACAGCAGUCUCAGGAUUGUAGAAAAGAAACACAGGAAAACGUGAGAGGAGAGACAAAUACGAGCGUUUCAAAAUAUAUCUCCAUUCGGUUCUCA